AUGGAGGAUCAUAUGCUUCUGCCUGGCCAUAGGUUUUGCCCCAUGGAGGAUGAACUACUCUUGUACUACCUUAAGCCCAAGGUGAACGGGAAGGAGGUACCUCGAAAAGAAUCCCUUAUUUGCGAGUUGGAUCUUUACGGUGACCAAGAACCAUGGAAGAUAUGGGAAGGAUUCGAAGCAAGACGGACAAACGACUUGAGGAAGAACAAAGAUCUCUACUUCUUCACCCAAAAGAAGAAGGUCAGUGCAAAGGCCUCGCGUAUAAGUCGGAAAGUUGGGAGUGGUACUUGGAAAGGCCAAGUCGCAGCCAAGAACAUAUAUCUUCUUGAUGAGAAUCAGAAGCCAACAACCACUCUUCUUGGUUUCAAGAAAACCUACACCUAUCAGAAUAAGCGUUCUGUGCAUCAUGGUUGCUGGAUCAUGUAUGAGUUCGAAUUUCAUAAGUCGCAACUCCUGCCCAAGAAACAAGUAAACAAGAAUGACUAUGUUCUUUGUUUACUUAGGAAAAAUGAUGAACUGCCGGAAAGGAAGCGAAAAAGGCAACAAGAAGAGGAGAUGCUUGAGGAGGACUAUGUUGAGGAUGGUGAUGGAGAUAAUGAUUUGAACUGCGAUCCUGCAUUGUUGCUGGAGGAGCCGCAUGAGAAGUGGCAAUGCCUCCUACCUUGCUCCGAUAAUAAUGUCGCAGCACCAUCAUUGGAGUGGGCUGAACUAGAACAAUGGUCCAACCAACAAUUCUUGCAGCCAGCACCACCAUUAGAAGCUGGACCAACACCACUAGAAGAUGAGCCAGCUGUUUCUUUGCAAGUGUAUGAGGACUUGGGAGUGCAAAAACCCGUAACUGAACUACAAUUAAGGGAUGAAAACUUGGGGCAGCAAUGUCAUGAUAUACCAACCAAUACAGCUACUGAAAUGAUGAGUGGCCUUGACUUUCACCAUGACGAAAAUCUAGAGCAGCAAAUGGGAGAUGAAGUUGGUGUCAUGGCACAAGGAGAAGUCGAUGUGUAUGGUGGGAAUUUGAGUGAUGUUAUCGUUGGCAAAGACUGGGCCAAGUCUUUUAUGGAAGACCUAAUGAAUGAUGAGCAGCUAAAUACCAUGGAAGACUGGGCCAAGUCUUUUAUGGAGGACCUAAUGAAUGAUGAGCAGCUAAAUACCAUGGAAGUGGGCAACUGCAUAAAAUGA